AUUUGUGGCGCCAAUGAGGGGUUCGCAACGCAGCAACAGCCACUGACAACGCCUACUACUCCUCCGGCCGACACGUCAGUCGCGUUUCCGGGUCUCGAGGAUGAUGAUAUUAAUGUGUAUAUGUCUGGCGGCGGCGGCGGGUCGUGGGGAGGAGAAGGCCUGAAGCGUCGUUCGAGUGUGCAUUCGCUUUCGAGGAUCUCUUUUUCCGCCCAACUCAGCCGACUUACGAGCUUAUCACUACCGUUGAGUGAGGAUCUCAAGGACCGUAUCUGCAAGCUGGCUACCUCGGCAGACAUGUGUGACGCGCUCAUGAGCGCGGGGAGCCAGAUCGGCCGAUGGAUCGAUACCGCGAAAAAGGUACUGACGGGUCUCGACGCCGAGGAUGAUGUCGAAUGGGCAGCUCAGGGACGGGAAUCGCUCAACGAGGUCGAUAUCGCCGUACGGAAGUUUUCGGGUCUCAUCAACGUCUACGUCGAGCUUAUCGAUGAGCUACAACGUCGGCCCGAUAGCGAUGAACUCGACUCUCAGACCCUUGUGGAUCUCGUCAGCACCACCGAGGCCACCGUCGACGGAUGGCGAUCGAUCGAGGAACUGCUCAAGGGCGUUAAGGACCAGGUGGAGACCGCCAUGGAGUGGACCGAGUUGUGGACGACCAUACUUCAGGACAUACAAGCCGAACUGGAUGCGUGCCAGACUUUGGUGUUCGAGCUCGAGGAGAAGCGACAUCGGUCGAUGAUGGGUGAGAACGGGGCGCCAGCAGCAGGAGGGUCGGUGGAUAUCGACACGCUGGAGACCAUCAUGGAGGAGAACCCCGGAAUGUUCCCCGUAGCCAACGGCAAGACGGCCACAGAGAUCGAGGACAGCUCGCUGCUCGGCCUGUUCGCCAGGAUGCAGCCGUUGCGCGCCAGCUUGGACUUUCUACCCAUGAGACUGCAGAGCUUCCAGUCGAGGGCACAGGAUAUCUUCCCCACGGCAUGCGACGAGCUGGAAUCGAGGCGGAAGCAGUUGGAACGGAAGUGGAAGAAGCUGAACGGCGACGCCGAUAGCCUUAAGAAGGAAUUGGGCGAGGAUAGGUGGGUCGCCAUCUUCCGCAAUGCUGGCAAGCAGGCGACACAGAUGCUCGAUUCGAUAGACAGGAGCAUGCACAAACUCAAGGAAUCGGUGAUUGCGUGGGAAGAGAGCGGUGGUCGGGCCGAGCGGGAUCUUCAGAAGAAGAUGGAAAACUACGAGGCGAAGAAGAUGCAUUACGGAAGUGCAAUCCAACGGACGUUCUCGAUCAUCGGCAAGGGAAUCAAUGAUCGAUUUACCGUCAACGGCGAGAUCAUCCGACUCGAUGCGUCGCUGCGGAUGCGCUGGCGAUACCUCGAGGACCAGAUGGGAGAGCUCGAUCAGACGCUCUUGGACCUACAAUUGGACACGCAAGCGUUGCGCGACUCCAUCUCCUCGCUUGCGUCCCUCGAUAUCACUUCGGGCAGAAACACCCCCGGUAGCUCUCCGGCAAGUUCGGUCCAGCUCAAUCCUUCAAAACCUCGAGGCCAAGAACGCAAACGGUCUCCCGCUCCGAUACGACGUCCCGGGAGCUCUAUCGGUGGAAGCCCUGCUAGGCGCAGUGGCCGCCACUCGUCCGCCUCGUCUACGCCACCAACAUCGCCGUGGGGAAAUUCAAAUCCCUACUCCUCAAUGUCGAUGGGCCGCUCCAUCUCGAGUCCCAGCGCUGCUGGCUCAUACGCUUCGUAUGCGUCGUACGCCUCGUCUCGUACGUCCGACAUCAAACCGUCGCGACCUCGGUGGAACGUGAGCAACAAAGUGGAGGACGGCUCGAUCGGCCACAACUUCAAGCCGCUGACGCUCACGACACCCUCUCCGUACCGCAAGGUGGCACCUCCUACGGCCGCCAGCCGUCGCAACUCGUCGUCGCUCGGAUCACGAAUCCCGAUGCCGAGCCCACUCAGUCAGGAAAACACGCCAUCGCCUGGGUCGCCCAGUCACCUCCGCAACGGCCUCUACUCCCCGGCAUCGAGCAGACGCACCAACGGCUACCUCGUCUCACCGAGCCCGACCACUAGACCCCGCCUACGACACCAAGCUAGCUCCGGCAGACUUCGCCAGGGAACGCCCACGCCGUUCGAUUCGAACGACCACCACCACCCUAGCACGCCGGGAAGUCCAAGCAUAAAUGUGCGUCCCGCUAGCGCCAUGGCUAGCGGUCGUCUCAGCAGUGCCAGCGGCCGCAGGAGCAGCAUGUUGCCGAGACCAACGUCACCCGGGAGCAAGAGGAUGAGCCUGCCGUUCGGAGCGAUCAUGGGACCGGAUGGGAAGCCGAGGUGGAGACAUUAAUUCAGUGAAAGCUUUUUUAUUCUUUUUCAUUUUUUUUCUUUUCGAUAUAUUCCUUUUCUGCGAUACCAUUUCACGGGGUUUUUGUAUUUUUUCUUUUUUAUGCUGUUCCACUCCGUUUUUUUUUUACCGGAAGACCAAACUCAUUUUUUCUUGUAACAUUAACUUUUUUUUUCUCUCCCCCCUCCUAUCUAACUAUAGCUGGCUUCGGGUGUGGCGGGGGAGUUUCAUCUCCAUCUUUUUAACUAUUUGCUUUCUAGGGAUUCAUGUUUUUUUUUUGCUUGCUUGCUUGCUUGCUUGCUUGUGAGGAUGGCGGGCGGUGCGGGUGCGGGG